CCCGACAUUGAGCAGAGCUUCCAGGAGGCGCUGGCCAUCUACCCGCCCUGCGGCCGGCGCAAGAUCAUCCUCUCAGAUGAAGGCAAGAUGUACGGACGGAAUGAGCUAAUAGCACGCUACAUCAAACUACGAACAGGAAAAACGCGGACGCGGAAGCAGGUGUCCAGUCAUAUCCAGGUGCUAGCGCGGAGGAAGGCUCGGGAGAUACAGGACCAGGCAGCCAAAGACAAGGCCCUCCAGAGCAUGGCAAACAUGUCAUCAGCUCAGAUCAUAUCUGCUACUGCCUUCCAGAACAAGAUGGCUCUGCAGGGACUUCCACGACCUCCCUACCCAGGCUCUGGUGGGUUUUGGCAUGGCACAAUUCCAGGUCAACCUGCACCUACAGAGGACAUCAAGCCAUUUUCACAACAGAACUAUGUCAUGCAAACCACAGGUCCACCUAUCACAGGUUACGAGAGCACAUCAGGUCUGACUAUGUCCCCUAGUGCUCCUCCUUGGCAGGGCAGAAGUAUUGCCAGCUCCAAGCUGCGCAUGUUGGAGUUCUCUGCUUUUCUAGAGCAACCGCAGGAUCCAGAAAAUUUUAAUAAGCACUUGUUUGUGCACAUUGGUCAGUCAAACCCCACGUUUUCUGAUCCUUAUCUGGAGGCUGUGGACAUCCGGCAGAUCUACGACAAGUUCCCUGAGAAGAAAGGCGGGCUGAAGGAACUCUUUGAGAAAGGGCCAGCAAAUGCAUUCUUCCUUGUCAAGUUCUGGGCGGACCUGAGCGUGAACCUCCAGGAUGACAGUAGCUUUUUCUAUGGUGUCUCAAGCCAGUACGAGAGUUCUGACAACAUGAUCAUCACCUCCUCCACUAAAGUGUGCUCUUUCGGCAAGCAGGUGGUGGAGAAAGUGGAGACAGAGUAUGCACGGUUUGAAAACGGGCGAUACGUAUUUAGAAUCCACAGGUCCCCUCUGUGUGAAUAUAUGAUCAACUUCAUUCAUAAACUCAAACAUCUCCCAGAGAAAUAUAUGAUGAACAGUGUAUUGGAGAACUUCACCAUACUACAGGUUGUUACUAACAGGGACACACUGGAGACUUUGCUAUGUGUGGCAUAUGUAUUUGAAGUAUCAACCAGUGAGCAUGGCGCCCAGCAUCACAUCUACAGACUGGUCAAAGACUGAUACCAAGGCCCAAAUCCAGGCCAGAGCCCUACUUUUACCACUACAACUACUACUACUACAGCUCAAACCAGCACCACCGCAGCGUCCCCUACUGACUGCAGUCCCAGCCUCCCGCGGUUCAGUCAGGGAUGAUGAGGACAUGGGGCAGAAUGACCCAAUGGCACUGCUUGUCCCAAGGCACAGACAGGAGAGGCUUUGCUACUGAAACCCUCUGGAAUCGGAACCACAAAUGGAAUGUUAUAAAAUGGUGGAAAGUCACUGUUCAAGUGUGACAGGCAUUUGUGAUCUCUGUGUUUUUCUUUUGUAUAAUGGAACCUAUGAUGGCAGGACUUUGCAUGAAGAUGUUUUUUUCGUCCUCUUUAAUCUAAUUUUACUCUAAAGUGUUUGUUAUGGUGUCUUUUUACAUGGUUGCAUGGGUAGCGCCAAAACUGGUGGUCACCUAGUGACCAGAGAUGUAUACAUCAGUUACAGACUCCAAGCUGGAGAUUUUAAAAAAAAGGGUACUCUACACUGAAAUGAAGUUACAUUUGGUCCAAUUCUUAAUAAUAUUGUUUUUAAGAUAUUUUGGCUCUCUUUUAGCCAAUUUUAGACAAACAUCAAAAUUUAGCAUUAAUAAAGAUAUUGAAACACAAAUGAACAAGUAAGUAAACAAACAAACAAACAAACAUAGGAACUAGACGAGUGCUGUAGGUCUUCCUGCACAGUGAUGAGGUUUCCUGCUCAAGCCUGCCUGUCCCAUUGUUAGCAGAGGGUCAAGCCCCUCCCAGCUCAGUCAGAGGCAUUAGAGCAGGGGAACCAUGAACAUGUGCUGUGCAGCAGAGCCUUCUGGAACACAGCUGGAAAACACUGGCUUACACUGUUUGAUUCCAGUCUGUUAUGUAAUAUCGGUCAUGUACAACGUGGGAGAAAAUCAAGCAUGCCAUGUUCUUUUCUGAAUGAACUUCCACCGGAGUUCUUUUACAUUUACAGAAGCAGACGCAAAAAAACAAAUUUAAAAAAAAAAAAAAAAAAAGACCCCACUGUUCCAAUAUGAGUCUGCACAAAGGAAAAUUUGGGAAAUAAACAUGGAAUUGUGCAUAUCAAUAUUUGACAAUAGAUUCCUUCAUUUGAGUCUGUCUGUGUCAGUGAGGAAGAUGAAUCCACAAAAUAGCAAAUUGGUAUAAGAAAUAAAGCAAGUGUGGAAGCCUCUGAA